AUGUCCCAGCUUGUAAGCAGCCGACUAUCUUGGCCUUCUGUCUGCAAAAAUUUCAUCAGACGCACACACGUUCGUCUGUUCUCAUCUACAACUGACACGAGCGGGUCUGAUUCGGAUGAUGAGGGCCAUGAGGCUACGGUGAAGUGGCCCUCGUCUACACCUGCCUACCCGUUUCUGAUGGUUGACCACAUCCUUAACAACCCAGACAGAAUCCUCACGUCAUUUCGCUCCAAGAUGCAGUUCUCGACGUUGGACAAGAAAGUCGAGGACCAGGUCUGUGAUGCGAUGACUGUCGGGGUUCCAAAAUCCAAAGCCUGGCCAUGUUCAAGGACAGACCACCUUGUGGAGUCACCCACCGGCCAACAAUUCCUCGUCAAGUGGUACUGUGAUGACUUGGAGGAGUUCGAUAGGGACUCGGACGUUGACGACGAUGUGUCACUUACAUCAAGACUGGAGCACGAAACUGCGAAGUUCGUGGUGUUUAGGGAGGGGCAUCAAUCAUAUAGUCUUAAGAAGACCAUGAUCUACACGGAAGACAUUGGAGAUCUUUGCAUUUUCCUUGGACACAGUGAGGCUUUUUGUGCCCCGGCAAGCUCGUCCCCUGGACUUAAGCCUAACUGCAUCUAUUUUGUUGGCCUUAACUUUGGUGUUUAUGAUCUCACCACCAAAACUAGCACGAUCUUCUGCAAAGAAACUGAGAAUCCAUUAAGGAGAUUGAAAUUUCCUUACUGGCCUUCUCCGUCUCCUCUCUAGUAGCUCCUACUUAAUAAUUGCACCGUGUGUUUGCUUCACUAA